ACUAUAUCUGAAAGCUGGAGCCCAGUUUUUGUACUGUAAGGCCAUGGAGCACGCUGUUAGAUGUUUUCGAAAUGCAAAGGCAAAUACAUUUGCUGCACUCACUUUGGAAAAAUCAGGACAGGUAAAACAAAAUAAUUUUUGUUUGUGAUGCACAAGCUCACUUAAGGUCAUGUCAGUAAUGUGUACCCAACACACGUAAAAGGAUGCUUACCCCAAGAACAGAGAAUAAAUUAUAAAAUAUAUAAAUCUAUCUAGACAAAGUUGUUUUUAUUUUUUAUCAUUUUACUGUCAAACUUUUAAAGCCUUAUCAGCUAAUUUUGAAAUUUCAGGCCCCAUACAAAACAUUUGGCUAAAAAAAAAAUUUAAUUUAAAAAUAAAAAAGUAUCUUAAAAAGAAUAGAUUUAUGAUAUCCUUGUAAAAUUGAACUUUGUGCCCAGCCCAUUGCAGUUAAUAUUCAAGCUGGUCCCUGUCAGAAACCAUGAUUUAAAUACCAGUCGGACUUAUAAAAGUUGUGUAAAUUUAAAAAAAAAAAAUGUUUACCAAUGCCCAAAAAAGCUAUGGCUGUGUAUCACUUUAAAAAAGAUAAGACCCUGGUGGGAUUCUGUUCACCAAAAGUGCCAUUUUAAUUAUCCCUGAGCCAGAGGGCCAUAUGAAAGUCCUUUAGAUAACAAUUUAAGUUACAUUUUAAAAUGUAUUGCCUUUUGAAUAUUUUUUUUCUUUAAUUGAUGGUCCUCAUGUACCAAAAAGCAUUAUUCUUAAUAAUUUUAUAGCAGUUUAGUAUUUUAGGUCGGACAAUGAGCUUUUACUUUAAAAGUAACCCCAUUAAUAGGUUUUCAAAAUGCCUAAGAUAUAUCCUUUUUUAUUAUUAAAACUUAAUUUCUAUUAAAAUUUACAUUGCUUUAAACCCCACUCGCUUCCAUGGUCUGAAGCUUUUGAAAAUGACUUUUCUAUCUAAUCCUUUUUCUGAUAUGAAAACAAAUAGAACAAAUGACGUAACAAUAGUAAUUUUCAUUCAAGUUUAAAGUUUCAUCCAAAAGUUGCCCAUUAAAUUAGCCCUAUGAAACCUGUUAGAUCAAUAAUGGAAUUAAAACUGCAAACUUGUCCCAUUAAAAUAAGCAUACCAAUGCAGGAGAACUAGCAUUUUGAAUUAUUAAUAUUUCAGUGCCCCAGACUCCAAAUGGAAGGAAUAUAAUUAGUUUUAAAUCCGCUGAUAUUUAAGUAUGGAUUAUGAAGGGUUAACUAUCCCGUUAGAUACCUGGAGUUACCCAGGAUUGCAUUCGGAAAAAAACUAGCAAUUUAGCUUAAAUCAAAAUUAAUGGCUCUGUACAAAAACAAGUAGCUAAAGUGAACAAAAUUAAUUUUACUUUUUCUCAUUCAUCAAAAUUUAUGGAACAACAUUUCUUUCCCCGAUGGGUUCCCGUUCCCACAUGUAAUCCCAUUCCUCGAUUGGAUCCUAUUUUAUUGGGAGUCCUCUAGGAUCCCCAUCGUAGUGGGAUCCCAUUCUCUGAUGAGAUCUCAUUUCCCAUUGGAAUCAUGUUCUCUGAAGGGAUUAUAAAGCAAAUGUUUACCAACUUUGGCCACGAUCCAUAAAUACACUUAGAAGUGUAUACUGUAAUCUAACCCUUCAACUGCAUUCAUGCUUAGGCCAUCAUAAUGGACAAUUAAUUUGGAACUUUCUAGAAACUUCCAAAAUAAUCUUUAAUUAUUAUUCCAUAACAUUCAAGAAAACCUGCUGAAAGGUUAAUGAAUCGUAAUAAAUAUGAUAAUGGCAUUUUUUAUAAACUUAAAAAGAUUAUAUAAAAAAUCAAAGCUUCUAGAAUAAUCUGGAAACUUAUAAAAGACUUGGUGCUACUAUAAAAAUUCCCAGGAAAGUAUAGAAAUGAAUAGAACUAAACUAAUAGUUCAAUAAGAUUUUAGAUCCCACUAUAUUUCCAAAUGGAACAAUAUAGAACUUUCUAGAACAUUCUAGAUUAAAUUUAAUAACAUGGAAACAUGUGACAAAUGACUUUACUACUUAAUAAGUUUUUGAAUAAGAAAAAUUAUUCAAUGGUGUGGUACCACUUUAGUUAUGUCAGAGAUAAGGGGCCCUAUGAAAAUCAUUCAGAUAAAUAAUGUAAAUAAAAUUUAAAAGUUGUCCCAUUAAAAUGGGUUUAAAUGCCAUUUAAAUUAUCAAACUUUCUGGAAAACUCUAUCCCUGAACCCUAAAUGUACUGCAUAUUAUUACUUUUAAAUCCCCCAAAUAUUUCAAUGUGAACAAAGUGGUAUUUCUACCAAGUUAGGUCUAGUUCCAUCUAUUCACAUAGAGUCUAUAGAAUUGCCUAAGCCUGGUGGUACAUUUAAAUAGCUGAGAUGAGGAAAAUUGAAAUGUGAUCCCAGGCCCCAAAGGAGUGGAUAUUAUGAGUUCAGAAUUUUAAUAUGGAUAAUCAAGUGUAUCUGUACUAAAUAAUGGCUAGAUCUAUCCACUCCUGCAAUAGCUAUGUUUUAAAAUAAAUUUAUAUAGCUUAUAUAAGAUAAAGACAAAUUUAGGGUCUCUGGCCCCUAACAGAAUAUUUUUUAAUGUUCAAAUACCCCAGUGUUUCAUUCUGGAUAAUGAUGGCUAUGUGCCAAGUUUGAUAAGAUCCAUCAAUCCAUAUAGAAAUAUAUACAGAACAAAUCCACACAAAAAAACGAACCCUAAUAUUUUCACUUUUAUAUAUAAAUAUAUACAUGGUUAUGGCAGAGGUGUCAUAUAAAUGUUAAUUUUUUUGUUGUAGUUUAUAGAAGCUUCAGAGGAAUACAAGGAGAUCCCUGACCUCUACAGUUCAAUCCGUUGCCUUGAGCAGAUGGGCCUAUAUAGGCAAGCCAUACAAUUGAGGAUGGACAACAAGCAGUUUUAUGAAGCUGUGGAUUGUUUGCACAGAUAUGAGAACCUUGUCAAGGUAGGUACAUAAUGUUUCAAUUUCAAAUUUAACUUUUUGGUUUUGGCCAAAACCGAAAUUAGGCCAUACGUGAUCAAAUGGCCCUUUCGGCACCACAGCUGAAAUUUGGUCGAUCUCUAAUCGUAGUUUUAUUUCUUUCAUUAACUUUUUUAUAAACAAGGAAAAAAUUACCACAAGUAAUGCGCAAACAAAGUACGCCAUAAAAAAAUUUACUGCUGCUAAUCAAAAUGCAUAAAAACUGAUUUUUUAAGAAAAAUUAGCAAUAACUAGCAAUGGCAGCAAAUACAAUUUUCUGGUCUUCUGCACCUCAGGGCUGGGGAGGUACUUUUACCCCUGGUUAAGAACCACUGUUUUAGUGAAAUGUGUCUGACACAGGUGCAGUAAUUUGAUAUCCAUGAAUGGGGAAUUUCUUAAGGGUUUGUAAAGAACAGUAGUGGAUACAGGGAAUUUUGGGGUGGGGGGGCAGAGAUUUGUGAAAUUAAAUUUGAGGGUUGGGGGUCUAACUUUUUGUGAUGAUUUGUGACAGUUGGGGGGGGGGGGGGGGGUAAAGAAAUAGUCAAAAUUUGUGUGACAUCAUUUAUGAAUGGCCCCUAUAAGGCUGGUGUAGCUCUAUUUUACAAGGCUUGUCCUAUUAUUACUAUAUAUUGUUAGGAACCAAAUAACAGCCAAAGGAAGUGCUAAAUAAUAGAAAUAUCAUUUGUAUUUCAUCAACUCUAAGACUUAGAGCAUUGGAGAAACAUUCCAACAUUAAUUAAGAAAGUAUGUUAAUCAGGAAUUGGUGGUAACAUGCAUUCAGUUCAGUGACUCAAGGCUUCAGUAAAUUUAAUGAAAAGAUCUUUAGAUCUAAUUUAAUUGAAAUUGAACAAUAUAUUCAAAUUAAUGUUAAAACUCCACAUGUUCUUAAUAAAUAAAAGAUCACAUGUAUUUCUUUUGUUGUUAAUGUUGUAUUUUAUAAAACAUAUGUUAAAAAAAUUAAUGAAGAGAUGAUGUGAAGUAUAAAAUGUAAUUAUUUAUUGAUCAACACUUAUUUUUAAAACUAGAUAUUAUUUAAUUUAAACUACCAAUUAAAAAAAAAAAAUUAACAAAUUGUAUUGUAAUACCAAUCCAUGUUGUUUACAUAGGUUUUCAUAGUGUAGGCGACACAUGCCCUGUCACUUAACCAACCCACUCGCUCUUUUCUCCAUGGAAAUAGAACAUUUAUUCCUACAUGCUCACAUCUCGUACAUAAGUUAUUUUUUUAAAUAUAGGCCUUAAGUUAAUAAUAAAAAAAUUAAUUUCUUCUGUCUAAUUUUCUUGCUGAAAAAAGACUUUUGAUGUCAGAGGCCAGGCUGUUCCUGAAAUUCUUGUUGCUAAUAAACCCAAAGGAGAACACUCUGAGAACAUUUUAUGGCUGAGGUGAUUAUUUACAAUUUUAAUUAUUUUUUUUUAAACUAUCAAUCCUUUCCAUAUUGUUAGAUAGUUAAGUAAAAAAAUAAUUUAAUAGAUUUCAGCCUAUUCUGGAACUUGACUUGUUGGAUGAAUAAAAUACUAGGUCACUGAAUUCGAUCAAGCAGAGUCAUAUGGUUGUUAGAGAUUAAUUCAUGCAAAGGGAAAAAAUCCAGCAUGCUUUAACAUUACUAUUGGUUGAUUCACUUUAUCAACAGUUUUAAACCUGAGUUUAAAUUAAUAAUAUUUCUCCUUUAAUUUCAAUCUUUUUUUUGUAAAUUAUAAUCAUCAUUAUCUUCCAAUUACUUAAAUUUAUUAUUAUUUUUAACAUUACUCAGGCUAUUGUAGUGAAACUUGCCUUAUUAUAAUGUAGUUAUUGUAGUGAAGUUUGCAGUUAUGUCAAAUUCUUUGUAAAAUUUAAAAAAAAAUAUUUUUAAUAACAUAAUAAUUCUUGUAACUAUCAAUCAAUAUUUUACAGUUUAGCUGAGCUUCAACUCAGCCAGGGUAAACUGGAAGACUUUUAUAAAACGGUUGGCAAGGUGACAGAUAAGCAAAAAAAGAUUUCUCUCCUCAAAAGAUUUGAAUUCUGGAAAGAAGCAGCUGAACUAUUGCAUGAUGAUGGUAUAGUUACUCUGUCAUGUAGGAUUAAUCAUACUAUUAUUUUUUUAAUGGGACUAUACCUUUAUGUUUUAUAUUGUUAAUACUAAUUUGUAAGACAGCAUUUUUAAUUUUUUUUGGGAUGGUAUAAAUUGGGUAAGGUGACUGACACUUGCCUUCUAAAUUUAAAAAAUUUACCAGUAAAGUUUGAACAUUUCUUAUUUUCCUAGGAACUGAGGAGGAAAGAAAGGAGGCUGUCCAUCUCAUGAUGAGAAGUGGACAACUGGACACAGCUCUUGCAUAUGCUGAAGAAGGAUUUUUUAAAGCAUUAAGGGCAGCAAUCCACAUUUCCAUGGCUAUGGGAUCUGAUAAUGAUGUGAGUUUGGGGAAUUUAGUAAUUAUAGGCCAAUGAUUUAUUUGAAUAAUUAAUUUUUUUUUAAAUACACUGAUGGUCACGACUUAAAUCUCAUCACAAGUGAAUUGCCACAUCAUUCUUAUAUACUACAGAGUACUUAUUUACUUAUGCCUUUCUAACCCGUCUGGGGCAUCGGCCGUCUACAAGAACUUUCCACUCAUCACAGUCCUGUGCUUUCCUUUCCAAUUGCUUCCAGGUGUAUCCCAUAUUUUGCGUGUCCUCCAGUAUAGCCUGGAUUUGGCCACAAGGUUUCAUAGCUCUUCUUGGAGAAGAACAGUCCCCUCUUCUCAGGGCUGAAAUUUGUUGGUUUUUUCUUGCUGACGUUUCUGUAGCAAUUUGUUUUUAUGGGUGAGGUAGCUGGCCUCACACCAAUCCUCCUUCUUUUGCACCCGGGCUUGGGACCCGCCUUGGCGGAGUUUACUACAGAGUGGACAUGUAUAAUUUUAAAAAUAAAAAUAGUGGAGUUUUCAGAAACCGUUGAAAAUUUUAAUUUUUUUAUAUUUAUAAAAUUUAGUUUUAUUUCCAGCUCAAAGUUAAAGAACAUUUUAAAGCAGCCAAGAAUAUUUAUGCUGAAUUGGGAGAUCGUUGUGGUCAAGGUCUUGCAACACUUUUGCAUGGAAAAUAUGCAAAGGAGCUGAACACGCUUAAUAAAGGUAUCUUAUAACUGAAUUAUUUUACAGUGGUACAAAUUUUGGAUGACAGUGGACAGAUGCUUAAAAGAAACAUUUAUGCUUAAAUAAUACAUGUUUAUAUUUGGCAAUAUAUGGAGAUAAUAGCAAAGAAAAAUUUAUCUGUAAGGUCAUUUUUUUAUUUUCAGCUUACAAACUAUUUGUUGACCAAGAAUCUCCACACAUACCUGGCCAACUUGAAAGCUUUGCUGCAGUUGUUGAACUGUCUAACAGCAAGUCAAUGCUAUCACUAGAAGAAUGCAGUAUUUUCAUUAAAAAUAUCAUUAACUCAGGACUGAAGGUGAGAACAUGGACUCUUUAUUUUACUGGGCUUACAUCCAAUAGUAUUUGCCAGUACUUUGUAAAGGUUUUUCAAUUCAAAGAAACAUUUUUUUUCACCAGAUUAAUAGCAUUUAUUAAUGUUUAUUUAAUCUUUCUAAAUGUUAUUGCUUCAAAUUAAGUUAUACUUUUUAUUUUAAAAAAUUAAUCAGUAUUUAUGUUGCCUGCAUAUUUUUACAUAUUUUUUUUUUUUAAGUUUAUAUUAAUUUUGACUGGUGGUAAAAACAAAGAAUGGCGAGAAUAUAUGGAAUUCUAUGGCCUAGAGCUUGAUGUGACAAGGCAGAAGUUAACAUGGUAUCCCCACCAACAUCCAUUAUAUAAGAAAAUACACAAAUGUGAUGAUAACACCAAGUAUUACACAGUGGAUGUAACUGAAGUAAGUUGGUACAUAGAAUAUGGUUGAAUUGGUUUGUGGAUUUGAGGUGAUUUGGUGUGUGGAUUUGAAGUGAGUUGGUGUGUUGAUUUUAAAUGAGUUGAUGCAUGGAACAAGGGUGAGGUGGUGACCAAAUAGUGAGUGAGUUGGUGUGUGGAACAUGGGUGAGUUGGUGUGGAUUUGAAGUGAGUUGGUUGUGUGGAUUUGAAGUGAGUUGGUUGUGUUGGUUUGAAUUGAGUUGGUUUAUAGAUUUGACAUGAGUUAGCGUGUGGAUUUGAAGUGAGUUGGUUGUGUGGAUUUGAAGUGAAUUGGUUGUGUUGGUUUGAAGUGAGUAGGUGUGUGGAUUUGACAUGUGUUAGUGUGUGGAUUUGAAGUGAGUUGAUGCAAGGAACACGGUUGAGGUGGUGACUGAAAAAUGGUUUAGUUGGUGUGUGGAACAUGGGUGAGUUGGUGUGUGGAAAAUGGAUCAGUUGAUGUGUGGAACAUAGAUUAUUGGGUGUGUGACACAUGGGUGAGUAGGGUGGUGUUUGGCAUAUGGUGAGAUGCGUUAGUGUAUUAAAUUGUGGUCAAUUAUAAGAGGAGCUUCCAAAAAAUUUCACUUCCCUCUUACCAUUGAAUGUAUGUUUUUUCAAGUGAAUACAUAUUUCUGGAAAAUGUUUUCUCUUUUACAUUAAAAUGGGUUCAUAGAAAUGCCGUAUGAUUCAACACUUAAAGCUUAACAUGUUAGUUUCAUUUAAUGACUGAGAAAGGUGUCAUUAUGUCAACAGGCUGUCAAAGUGCUGACCAGAUAUACUGUUGAGAGUAUAAAGGAGCUGACAAAAGUUGUUAGAAGAAGUUUACUGCAAUUGACUGAGGAGAAAGAACAGAAGAUAACCUGUAGAAUAUUCCAUGAAGAACUCAAGUGUGACCAGACAUCCUGCAAGAAUCAACACAACUGGAAUUCCAACAAGGAAGAUAAGGCAGCGGUUCUCACUUUGUUGAUCUUAAAUGUGAGAAUUUUUGUAAAAUUGAUUUAAUCUGUAGCACAGCUUACUCAGUAUCAAUAUAAAGACAUAGUCAUACCAUAUAAAGGGCCUUUGUGUUACCAGGCUGUCUCGUCAAAUAGAUUGAUUCUGAAUAUAUGAUUUCAAUUUGACACCAUUAUACCAAUUUUAAUAAAAAUUUACCCCCCCCCCCCCAUGUCACUGGAAUUUUUUAAAAGUACAAUUAGAUUAGGUUACACUGUAAUCUGAAAGCCACUUUCUCAAUAUAUAAUCGUGCUCUAACAUCUUUUACCCAAUGACAUAAAUGUUGACUUGGAGGAUGAAAACCUAUAUUUAAAGAAUCCCCAAACACCUGGACACAAAUAAUUGGAAAUUAUGAUCCUUUUUUCCAUCCAUAACUGUUUCGCCUGCCUCACCACUUCCUUUCACUCAGACCUAAAUAAUGCUUUUCUUUUCCAUGAGUUGUUUCCCCUCUAGAUCUUUAUCUACAUCGUCCAUCCAUCCCAGGUCUGCCUUUGAGCUUUAUACAUCUAGGGUUUUGUUGAUACUCUUCACUCCUCUGUCAUUGGACAUUCUUUCCAAGUGUCCAGCCCAGCGUAGCCUGCUCUUUUUUAUUUCUUCUACUAGCCUGAGAUCCUGAUAUAGACUAUACAAUUCCUAGUCGGUUUGUAUUCUCCAUCUGUUUCAUCCUUUGUUGGUCCAUAUAUUUUCCGGAGAACUUUUCUCCCCCAUGUGUUUAAUAGGUUUUCUGCCAUUUUUGUUAGGGUCCAAGUUUUACUUGCUUAUGUUUCAACUGGUCUGAUACAGUUUUAUAAAUAGUUUUCUUUUUUUACUUGUACUGUUUUUACUUUUGAGUAUUUUCUGACUACUAAAGUAUGCCCUGUUUCCCGCCGAUUAUCUUUCUUUUAUUUCUGUUAGUAAUUCAUUGCUUUCAUUCAAUAAAGAUCCUUAGCAUUUAAAUUGAUUUACUUUUGCAAAAGUGUGGUUUCUAAUUUUAAUGGUUUCAUCUGCAUGUUAUUCUCUGGACAUAAUCAUGUAUUUUGUUUUUUGGUUACCUUGUAGAGAUGCAUCUCCUAAGUUAUUAAAAGCUUUUGAUACGUCUUUACUACUUUUCCCUAACAGUGCUAUGUCAUCAGCAUAUGCAAAUUACUGAAGGGGUUGGUUGUAGAGAGUGCCUAUUGGUUGUGGGUCUUGUGUUUCCCUCAGAGAGUAUCCCGUUUUUGAACCUCGGAAUUAUCAUUUUUAAUUUUUAAAAAAUAAUAUUUGUAUAAAUUGAUCAUAUGUAUUCAAUUAAUUAUCAUUGUGUUGAAUACAUGCAUCCUCUGUCCUUUAUAAAAAUGUCAGGAUUUGUUAAUAGUCUAUAAUAGAGGCAAGAUAAACAAGAAUUGUUCACUAUUACAAGAUGCAAAACAAAGAAGCUUUAGUUUUGGAGAGGGUUAAUUACAUCUUGCUAUGUUGACUAUUUUUAGUGAUAUUGGCCUGACUAAAUUUAUUCAAAUGUUUAGUGGACAUUAAAAGAGUACUAAACACUGACACUGUAAUUCUUGCAAAGAAUGAUACAAAUGGAUUUAUAAUUAUGAUUUAUGCCUAAUACCAACUGAAAUCUUCUCACACUGAUGACCACUUUGGUCUCUUUGAAUGGACCAAUUAAGAUUUUAGUUUUGUUUUGACCAACACUGACUUUUCUUGUAUUAAGUUAACAAAGGUUACAAUUGCCACCACCAUUUUUGAGUGUGUGCAAAUGUAUUUUUUUCUAAGUGAAAACCUGUACAAAAUGAUUUACAUACAGCCACACAUAUCGAAUUUAAAAAAAAAAAAUGUACAGUGUAUGGGUAAACUAUCUCAUGAACUAUCUAUCUCACCAGGUUGAGUUGGACAACAAAUUGUUCCAAGCAGCUGAGAAGCUAGAAAGGUGUGGCAUGGCUGACAUGAAGACAGUUCUUCUUCAAGAAUCUAGUUGGAAAUCAGUGGAAAGUUUGCUAGAGUUUCUAGUUCCCUCAAGACCUUACCCUGAAACUGACAUUGAACAAGUCUUGGAGCUAGUUGCCAAUAUGAGGAACUCAAAGGAAACCCUGGCUCAAGUAGAAAGGUUGAAAUUUUAAGUUGUUAAAUAAGUGUUGCAAUAAUGAGCAAACUAGUGGAUUCCUGAGAAAUUUAAAUAUAAUAUUUAAUCACUACUUAUAUACUCAGCCUACAAGUAAUUUUAAAUCUGAAGUUUAAAAAAACACUGAAAUAAUGGGUUAUUAGUUUGAAUUGAAUUUUGUUUUUGUUGGAUAAGUCUUUCGUAAAACUCAAUAAAAUUAUUUAUAAUUAAAAUCAAAAAUAAUUUCUGUUUUGAUGUUGAUAAGGAAAUUGUUACAAAGACAAAAGAUCACUAUUUUUACUUUCAAAAUAUAAAUUAUUUUCACGUAUAUAAAAAUUAUCUGUAAUGUAUUGAAUUUCCCCACAUCUUUUCAUUGAUUUAAAAAAAAAAUAUUUUAGGUAUUGCUGGGGGGAUGUCAACACUGAGAUAGUGCCCAGAGAAUUGGUGAGGUCAACAUGCUCGGUAACUAAAGCAGUGUUUUGGUCAUCUUUGCUACAACUGAAGGUGGAUGUACAGAAAGAAAUUAGAAGAUUUGAGGUAAGCCUCUCACACUACUCACAGCUCAGGAAAUACUUUGUUGUGAUUAAUUUUAACAGUGUUUAACACAGUGAUAUCUUUGGGAAAGGAAAGAGUAGACAUGUGAGAUAAAAACAUGACCCAGCAGACAGCUAACAGAGACAUGGCAUAUUCAUAUAGAGAAUUGGGAGAAAGUGGCCUUUCUCUGUUGUUACAUCAAACACCUGUCAGCAAAUGACAACUUUAAAUCAUUGCCCCUAUUCAUCUAUGUUAGCCCUUAUGGAUGAUGAACUUAAAAUUAACCAGACAUUCCUGCUAAAAACAUGUCACUAGUAAGAACUGAAUAGAAGAAAUAUAUUUACGCAUGUCCUGAAAUCUAAACCAGUGGUCACUUUGGUAUCAAAAUUGGUAUUGGCAAAGCAAUAUUUUUAAGACUAUGAUAAAUAACAAUUAACUAAUGAACAAAUAUUUGACUGGCAUUGUAACAUGUCAGUUAAAUUUAUCUUGAUUUGCUUUGAUAAUUUGUUGCAUAAAUUCAUUGAGUGGACUUUAAAUAAGAUUAUAAAACUUGUACCAAAUUCUUUUUAUACUGAGACAAAUAAUUUAAUCACUUUUCAGACUCAAAUAAGUCAGAAAUUAACAAAUAAAAGUCCUACAAACUUAUCAUAUCUUGGACUGUAUCUGUCUGAGCCUGAAGCAGGAGCUCAACAACAGAUACACUUUGCUGGCUCAUUGUUUGUGCAAUCAUUCAAAGAGAUCAGCUGCUCAGGGGACAUGCACAAGUCAACCAACCUUUUUAUAGAGAUGAUGAACCUUAUUGGUCAGUGUGGUCAGGGAACAAGGCUGGCAUCUUCAGACUUGGAGUAUAUCAUUUUCUGGAUGGAAUUUCAUUUUUGUGUGUCCAUCUUUACCUUGGCCAAUGUAAGUUUUUAAGAAGUUACAUUUAUCUUUUCCAUUUGAGAACCAUCUGUUUACUACUAAUUUAUCUAUCAAUUCUCUAACACAAAUCUUAUAUUAUGCAAAGUUCCUCUUUCUUUUUACUGUACAAUAAAUAACAUUAUUUUUUUGUUGUUGUUGAGAUUGUUACAUUACAUCCCACCUUGUACUGACAGAUAUAUACCAUACAUUACUUCCCAUAUGUGUACUUCUAAGUGACAGUACUGUGACAGAAAAUAUUAAUUUGCCUCUGGUAAUUGUUCACUUGAAUUGAAGAAACAUCAAAACUUUCCAUCCCUAAAGAUUAUAAUUAUACACAGCUGAUUUCAUUAUCUCAUUGGUCAACAUUAAAACAUCAUUUUAAAAAAACAGCACAAAAAAAAAGCACAUGGUUUCAAUAAAUAAUACCUUUCUGAGUUUUUCCUAUCUGAUAUUGUUUUUAAUUUUGUUAUAUGUCAGGUACAGAGGAAGCUGGCUUUCUACUUGUCCAAUUCUUUGCUGGCUCGGGUCAACUUGGUCAACCCUU